UCCUCUUUAAAAGUUUUUCCACUCUCCCGUCACCUCUGAAACUCACCCGCCAUCCAUUAACAUGUUUACCCAUUGCGUAUUCUAGCAUUUAGCCCCCGAAAUUCAAAUAUCUUCCCUUUGUUGAUCACCUUUGAUUAAACAAUUUCAUCAUUAGUACCGAAAUCAGGAUCGCAUACGUGGGAUUAACUCGGGCCUAGGGUUAGGGUUUUUUAGAGUAAUCCGAAUGGGUGGAAACAAGGUGUCGGAGGAGCUCAUUUCCACCGUCCGAUCGAUAGUCGGAUCAGAUUAUUCCGAGAUGGAUGUAAUUAGAGCGUUACACUUGGCCAAACACGACGCCACCGCCGCCAUCAACAUAAUUUUCGACUCGCCUCAAAAUUUCAAGCACAGAGAGAAACAACUUGAACCGGAGUCCCAAAUUUCGAGCUCCGAUAUAGCGACGGUUAGUGUGAAGCCGAAGAUAAAGGGCGAAGAGAACAAGGAUUCUAGCUUUAGUAGUAAUGGAAAAGUCGUAUGUGGUGCGAGUUCUUUGGAAGAUGAGGGAAAUCUUAGGCUCGAAAACGAUUGGUGGUUUGUUGGCUCCAGCGAGGUACCCGGACUUUCUACGAGUAAAGGAAGGAAAGUGAAGGCUGGGGAGGAAGUUUACUUCACGUUUCCAUUGAAGAGUAGUGGCUUGAGUCCGUUGGGGCCAGUUGGGAAAGGCUUCGGGAGAGGAAAGGCAGCUGCAGCUUGUUCAGAGAUUGUUAGAUUCUCUACCAAGAACUCCGGGGAGAUUGGUAGAAUACCCAAUGAAUGGGCACGUUGCCUGUUGCCUCUUGUGAGGGAUAAGAAGGUUAGAGUUGAAGGGAGGUGUAAAUCAGCUCCGGAUGUCUUGGGUAUAAUGGACAUUGUUGUCUUAUCUUUAAGUGUGUGUAUUAAUAGUUCCAUGUUCCAUAAGUAUCAGCAAACUUCACUCAAGGCAGCCAGCAAUUGCACCGACGAAUCUAUUGUUCAUCCUCUUCCAAGUUUGUUCCGGUUGCUUGGCCUAACACCUUUUAAGAAGGCAGAACUAUCUCCAACUGAUUUGUACACAAGGAAGCGACCUUUGGAGACAAAGGAUGGUUCUGGUCUUCAUACCCCAUUGUCAACUAAAAACAAGUUAAAGAAUCAAUCUCAAAAUGGAAAUGAGGUUGAAAAUGAGGAAUCUAUCUCUGAUGCUGAUCUUGACAAUAUUGUUGGUGUGGGAGACAACUCUGAGUUAGAGGAAAUGGACCCUCCUAGCAUCCUCCAGUGUGAGCUUCGGCCUUACCAAAAGCAGGCUCUCCACUGGAUGUUUCAGGUGGAGAAGGGAAGUUCCUUGGAUGAGGCAGCAACAACUUUGCACCCUUGUUGGGAAGCAUAUCGCUUAGCAGAUAAGAGAGAGCCUGUUAUCUACUUGAAUGCAUUUACUGGUGAUGCUACAAUAGAAUUCCCAAGCACACAUCAAAUGGCUAGAGGAGGAAUUCUGGCAGAUGCUAUGGGGCUUGGGAAGACAAUCAUGACAAUAUCCCUCCUAGUAACCCAUUCAGAAAGAGGUCGGCAAUCAGAUAGUCGAUGCCCGGAUCAGCCUUCUGAUCAAGGUGGUGAAGUCGUUGAUAUAUUUGGCCAAUCACCAAGUUCAUUGAAAAAUAUAAUGAAAUUUCCCAGCUUUGAUAAGUUAGCUAAGCAAAAAGACAAACUUGCCGAUGGUGGCAAUCUGAUUAUAUGUCCCAUGACACUUCUUAGCCAAUGGAAGGUAGAGAUCGAAACUCAUGCACAACCAGGGUCUUUGUCUUUGUACGUUCAUUAUGGCCAAAGUAGGCCAAAGGAUGCAAAAAUGCUUGCCCAGAAUGAUGUUGUAAUCACUACAUAUGGAGUUCUAGCUUCAGAAUUUUCAGUAGAGAACUCUGAAGAUAAUGGAGGAUUGUACUCGGUGCGUUGGUUCAGGAUUGUUCUUGAUGAAGCACAUACCAUAAAGUCUUCUAAAAGUCAAAUUUCCAUGGCUACCUCUGCUUUAGUUGCUGAUCGUCGCUGGUGUCUCACUGGGACUCCUAUCCAGAACAAGCUGGAGGAUAUAUACAGUCUUCUCCGCUUUUUGAAGGUUGAACCUUGGGGUAACUGGCCCUGGUGGAAUAAACUCAUCCAAAAACCAUUUGAGGAGGGUGAUGAGAGAGGGCUAAAGUUGGUUCAGUCAAUCUUAAAGCCAAUCAUGUUGAGGAGAACAAAGUGCAGCACAGAUCGACAUGGCAAGCCGAUUCUAGUUCUCCCUCCGGCUGAUGUCCAGGUGAUAUAUUGUGAGCUAACUGAAGCUGAAAAGGACUUCUAUGAAGCCCUGUUUAAAAGAUCGAAGGUGAAGUUUGACCAGUUUGUUGAACAAGGUCGCGUUCUUCAUAAUUAUGCCUCUAUUUUGGAGUUACUUCUCCGUCUACGUCAGUGUUGUGAUCACCCAUUUCUUGUGAUGAGCCGAGGAGAUACACAUGAAUACACAGAUCUUAAUAAGCUAGCUAAACGAUUCCUUAGAGGUGGGCAGAAUACAGUAGAAAGUGAAGCCAAGGAUCUACCUUCAAGGGCAUAUGUCCAGGAGGUGGUUGAAGAGCUGCGCAAGGGAGAACAAGGAGAGUGUCCAAUAUGUCUUGAAGCAUUUGAAGAUGCUGUACUAACACCAUGUGCUCACCGCCUAUGCCGUGAGUGUCUCUUAGCAAGUUGGCGGAAUGCAAAUUCUGGUUUAUGUCCUGUUUGUAGGAAAACUGUAAUGAGGCAAGAUCUUAUUACAGCCCCAACUGAAAGUCGGUUCCAGGUUGAUCUUGAGAAAAAUUGGGUGGAGUCAACUAAGGUUCAAGCUUUGUUGCAAGAGCUUGAAAAUCUUCGUUCAUCGGGCUCUAAGAGCAUUCUCUUCAGCCAAUGGACCGCAUUUUUGGACCUCUUGCAGAUUCCUCUUUCUAGGCACAACAUUCCCUUUCUUCGCCUAGAUGGGACUUUGAAUCAACAGCAGCGCGAAAAAGUAAUAAAACAGUUUUCAGAAGAUAGCAAAAUCAUGGUGUUGCUAAUGUCACUGAAAGCUGGCGGGGUUGGAAUAAAUCUAACAGCAGCCUCUAAUGCUUUUGUUUUGGAUCCAUGGUGGAAUCCAGCUGUAGAAGAACAAGCCGUAAUGCGCAUUCAUCGAAUUGGGCAGACUAAGAGAGUCGCAAUCAAACGGUUCAUUGUCAAGGGAACCGUGGAGGAAAGGAUGGAGGCAGUGCAAGCGCGGAAACAGAGGAUGAUUUCCGGUGCCUUAACCGAUGAAGAAGUUCGAACUGCGCGUCUUGAGGAACUCAAAAUGUUUUUUACUUGAUUUUUUCUUCUUCUUUAAAUUGUGUACCUGUAUGUUUUGCAUGAGAGAAUCAUAUAUAUUA